AUGAGAAUGGGCGUGCGGGAAGGCAAUCGAUUGUUGGGUGCACCCCCACACCACGUUCACCAUGGCAACGCUCCUAGGGAGCUGCGUCUGCGUAGGAUCCGCCUGUCUGUCCACGCGCUUUCCCCUAUCCUAAGACAUCAGCGUCGACAUUGGGGGCACACAAGUGAUACCACCAACACCAGCUACACAAGUAGCAGUGGACGCCGGCACUUUGCUUUCUUCAAUAACCACAACAAACUUUACUUUAAUAGAGUAGCAUUUUCAAUGGAGUCAUUCAAAAUUAGUGACGAUCAAGUUAGAGUUGCCACUGAAACUUUCAAGAAGUUUGACAAGCGUGGCCAAGACAAAAUCAGCACGAACGACCUUGGCCCAGCUUUUUCUGCCCUCAAGGUCUCAAUCAAACCUGAUCUUUUAAAGGAAUGGGCCGAUGAAGUCGAUGACGACGCCACCGGAUUUAUUGAUCUUACUGGAUUCCUCUUGGUCUAUGGCAAGAUCCUCCAAAACGAACAGGAUGAAGAGGAUCUUCGACAGGCUUUCCGUGUCCUCGACAAAAACCGCAGGGGUGAAAUCGAUGUUGAUGACCUCCGAUGGAUUUUAAAGGAACUUGGCGAUGAUCUUUCCGAGGAAGAAAUAGAUGAAAUGAUUCGUGAUACUGAUCGCGAUGGUUCUGGCUUUGUGGAUUUCGAUGAAUUCAAGAAGCUGAUGACAUCGGAGUAG